GUUAAUAGAUUACAUUAGGUUACUUUGACCAUCGUCCACAAUAGAUCUACUAACAUAAUCUAUAAAGGUGAGAAAAUAAUGAGUGCAUGACGCUCCUGGUUGCACAAUGAGUUUGGAAAUUGAAUUGUAGAAGAUGAAUUUAAGCACAGUAAAGCACAGUCCUGUUUCUCUCAUGAUUACCAACAUUCUUCAAAGGAAGAAAGAUGAAAGAAAGUUUUGGAAUGGCAUGAGGGUGAGUAAAGGGGCAUUUACACAAUGCAGUUUAAAAAAAACAAAAAAACAAUGAUGUUAGUUGUGUAAUGUUUUAUUUGUAAAGUACAUUUACCCUAAAUGAUGAGAGAAUUUAAAUUUUUGAGUGAACUAUCACUUCAAAUUAAUCAUGUGUGGACAUGCUAUUAUCCUAAACAUAUCCUAAACAUAUGGAAUGUUAUUUGAACAAAUAUUUUGGCUUCAUAGUCCUCUUUGUCAUUUGAAAUAAUUUUGCAAAACAAAUAAAUAAAUUCAAUUAUCUCAUUCUUUACUUUCAUUAUUAUGUUUACUAUUACUUUCUUCUCCUAAGCUCAAAAUGAGAAAGAAAAGGGUCAAGGUCCAAAAAGGCACCAUAAAAGCAACAUAAAAAAAACAUAACAUAAAGCUACAUAAAAACAUAAAAACGUUAUCUAAAGCCACAGCAUGCGUGAGACCGAAAUCCUUGCUUGACAGCUGUGAUAACUAUUUACAUUCAUGUGCUACAGGAUUUGCCUGGACAUGCUGUUAUAAAUUAUUACAUAUGACUUCCACAUAGGAAAAUCAUAGACGUUUGUAUGUCAUUCAAAUGUAAUUUGAAUAUUUACCUUUUCUGUCUUUCUUUUGUGUGUGUGUGUGUGUGUGUGUGUGGUAUGCUAUCAAUGCGUGUUGUUUUCCCCUUGCUAAUCGCCUUUCCUUGUUUUAUUCUCCUCAUUGGUAAGUUGCUUACGGUUCGAUUGAACGUUUUUUAAAACAUCACAACACAAGUGUAGUAAUACGAAAACACGCUCAAAAUAAUUUUAUGUUGUUAAAUAUGAAAUACUAAAUAAUGCACUUUAGCUUUGCUAAUGCGGACUUCAUCCCUUAUUUAAAUACGGAUGCUCCAAAGGCAGUGACAGAGCGCGCAUGCGCAUUUACAGCAUCAUCAGCACCAGCGCAACAGAACAUCGCGAUGCUCCAGCCUCUUCUUGUGUUUACUAUCGUUUGGGGAAGAUUUGAUAAUGAAAACCUUUAGAUGAUCCUUAUACAUGCAGAUGGAUGUUUUUUUCUAUCGUACCACACACAUGAAGGAGACGCGGAUGUUAUAUAAAGAGCUCUGACAGGAGUCAAUUUUUCAUUAACAGUGAGGGCCUUAAACGAGUAGCAUCGUUUACAUCAAGAUUGAACAGGGCUCUUGUUUUAAUUUCGGUGGUUUCAUGUGUAUAACGGUGUAAGGCUCUGCUCAGUGGGAUGCACAUCAGUGCUUUGCCGUACUCGCUCUCCGUUAUAAUGGCUGCUCUAUAUCAGGGCACGGACUCGUCUUCUCCUGAUAAAUAUCUGGCGUUAAAAGACGUCAGAGAGGUGAAGGAGGAGACCACUCUGGACGAGAAGCUCUUUCUGCUGGCCUGCGAGAAGGGAGACUACUACAUGGUGAAGAAACUUCUGGAGGAGAAACGACAUGGUGAAUUAAACAUUAACUGUGUAGAUGUACUUGGGAGAGAUGCUGUCACCAUUUCAAUCGAAAAUGAGAAUCUAGACAUAUUGCAGUUGCUCUUGGAUCAUGGCUGUCAGGCCACAGAUGCAUUAUUAGUGGCUAUUGAUUCAGAAGUGGUAGGAGCAGUUGAUAUCCUGCUAAACCAUCGCCCCAGGCGUUCCUCCAAGCCUUCUAUUGCGAAAUUGAUGCAGCGCAUUCAAAACCCAGAGUAUUCCACCACCAUGGAUGUUGCUCCAGUCAUUCUUGCUGCCCACCGGAACAAUUAUGAGAUUUUGACCAUGCUAUUAAAGCAAGACAUCUCUCUGCCCCGACCCCAUGCUGUAGGGUGCGAGUGCACCCUCUGUAAUGCCAAGAACAAGAAGGACAGUCUUCGUCACUCAAGGUUCCGUCUAGAUAUCUAUCGGUGCCUCGCUAGCCCAUCCUUGAUCAUGCUUACAGAAGAAGACCCCAUUCUGAGAGCAUUCGAGCUCAGCACUGAUCUGAAAGAGCUGAGCCUGGUGGAAGUGGAGUUUCGGAAUGAUUAUGAAGAACUUGCCAAGCAAUGCAAGAUGUUCGCCAAGGACCUACUGGCUCAGGCCCGCAACUCUCGCGAGCUGGAGGUCAUACUGAACCACACGUCCAGUGAGGACCACGUAGACAAGAGAGGCCUACUAGAGGAACGCAUGAACCUCAGUCGCCUCAAACUGGCCAUAAAGUACAACCAAAAGGAGUUUGUUGCCCAGUCGAACUGUCAGCAGUUCCUGAACACGGUGUGGUUUGGCGAGAUGGCGAGCUACCGCCGCAAGCACACAUGCUUGAAGAUCCUGUCUGUUUUGAGCGUGACGCUGAUGUGGCCUCUGCUGUCCAUCUGUUACCUUCUGGGACCCCGUUCUCGAGUGGGCCAGGUCAUCCACACACCUUUUGUCAAGUUCAUCAUCCAUAGUGCCUCCUACUUCACCUUCCUGCUCCUUCUAAACCUCUACUCACUGGUCUACAACGAGGAUAAGAAGAACACCAUGGGUCCCCCUUUGGAGUUGAUAGACUACCUUCUAAUUCUCUGGAUCAUUGGCAUGGUGUGGUCUGAUGUGAAGCGUCUGUGGUAUGAGGGAUUGGAGGACUUCCUGGAAGAGUCACGGAACCAGUUGAGUUUUGUCAUGAACUCGCUUUAUUUGGCCACUUUUGCCCUAAAAGUGGUGGCUCACAGCAAGUUUAAGAACGCUGAGGAAGAGCCAAUAGUAGAGAGGAAAAACUGGGAUGCAUUCCAUCCCCUCUUGGUUGCUGAAGGCCUUUUUGCGUUCGCCAAUGUUCUGAGCUAUCUCCGUCUGUUCUUCAUGUACACCACCAGCUCCAUCUUGGGGCCUUUACAGAUCUCCAUGGGCCAGAUGCUUCAAGAGUUUGGGAAGUUUCUUGGCUUAUUCCUGCUUGUACUCAUCUCUUUCACCAUUGGCCUGACACAACUGUAUGGAAAAGACAAGGACCUAUCCAGCUCCAAAAAUAUAACCAAGGACUGUGAGGGCAUCUUCUGUCAAGAGCAGAGCAACGACACCUUUCACACGUUUAUGGGGACAUGUUACGCCCUCUUCUGGUACAUUUUUUCCCUGGCACAUGUGGCUCUGUUUGUUACAAGGAUUAGCUACACAGAAGAGCUGCGGUCGUUUGUUGGUGCUCUUAUUGUCGGUACCUACAACAUAGUUGUGGUCAUCGUUCUCACCAAACUCCUGGUGGCCAUGCUGCAUAAGAGCUUCAGACAAAUUGCUAACCACGAAGAUAAGGAGUGGAAGUUUGCCCGGGCCAAGCUGUGGCUCAGCUACUUCGAUGACAAGUGCACACUGCCUCCACCUUUCAACAUCCUACCCUCUCCCAAGACCGUGUGUUACUUGGUCAUCAGCUUGAGCAAAUGGAUCUGUUCCCACACCUCCACAGGCAAGGUCAAGAGACAGAAUAGCCUCAAGGAAUGGAGGAACCUGAAGCAGAAAAGAGAUGAGAACUAUCAGAAGAUUAUGUGCUGUCUGGUUCACCGUUACCUGACCUCCACAAGGCAGAAGAUGCAGAGCACGGACCAGGCCACGGUAGAGAACCUCAAUGAUCUUCGGCAAGACCUCUCCAAGUUCCGCAAUGAAAUGAGAGACCUUUUGGGCUUUCGCACCUCCAAAUAUGCCAUGUUUUACCCCAGAAGCUAAGCCAUGUCCAUUUAGUAAAAGCAACCCAGCAUGCUCAACAACGCUCUUCUUCUUUUUCUUUGGAAGACGAAAAAGUCCUGGGACUCUACUGGAAUAGUAUUAAGCUCUGUUUAUUCUACACCAAAGCCUGCAGAAUCAUAACUUAUGUAAUAUUCUUGCAUCCUACUUGUUUUCUAAAAGUGUCAUUCUUUUCAAAUAAAUAACAUUUAUUAUGAAGAAA